ACAGCCCACCUAGAAUCUCUGAAAAACUUAACUCCGCAUUAAGGGAUUAGAACCUUUUAUCUCCGUGUAAAUCCACGUUUGUAACAAAUAUAACAACAGAUGCUGCUUUAGCGGAAAACGUUUAAUACAUUAACCUCACAAAAUAGACUUUAAGGCAUGUCAGAGUCUAACAAAAAGAGACAGAGAAUAGCUCUAAGUUGUGAUAAUUGUCGAAGGAAGAAAACUAAAUGUGACCGUGGUCUACCAUGCAGUAAUUGUGUUAAAUUGAGUAUUUCCCAUACUUGUAAUUAUAGUUCUCCAUUGCACGUUAACCACAAGAGAAAUCCUGAGUCACCACCUCCAAUAAGUACUGAAGGACUAAGUAUUCAACAGGAAUUGACUUUCUUGAAGGGUCGGUUGCGUCAAUUAGAGUCUUCGGUUACCACAAAUCCCGAUGCUGUACAAUUGUCAGUAGAACCAUUUAACGGAGACGAUCAGAUAAAAGAAGGCGGCGUAUUCAUCCAUAGUAACAAAGUACUAAGAGAACAAUAUAAGGAUUUGUUAAUCGGUGUCUUACCCCGCAGAAAGGAAGAGUCUUCUAUUAAUUUCCACUUUGCAGAUGAUUCUACAACGAGUCGCAUAACCAAACCUCCUUUGCCAUUUGUUUCCUUACUGAAACGAGAUCCUGGUGUGAAACUAUUCUGGGUGUUUGAUUCGCUGCCUAAGUAUGGAGAAUUUUCAUUCAAGGACGUGUUUCUCGUUAGAAAGGGAAAGGAUAAAAAAUUGGAACCAUUUAAAAAUAUGGCUAAGGAAAAGUACGGUGAUAGAUAUGUGAAACUGUUAGACGACGGUUGUUCUUUAAGGGAAGUAAAGGACUCAAUGUCCAAUUAUGGAAAAACCCUAGGGAUACAAUUCCAUCCACAGGAUAUAAGCAACUUUUCAUUGAACAGAAAGAUCAUAGAAUUGAUACCAGACCAGAGAAUUACUUCCAGAUAUUUAAAUGCGUUCUUUGAAUAUUUAUAUCCUUUCUUUCCUAUAUUGGAUGAAUUAACAUUUCGUGCUGAUCUCACUAGAAUUUUGGGGACUGUAGAUGAGCUAAGUGAGAAGAUUGUCGACUUGAAAAUAGAGAAGAUGGCCGACUAUGCUAUUUUGGCUACAUUUUUCUUUGUAAUACGAUUGACAUUUCUUUUAUGGUUUUCAAAUGAUAGUGAAAGCAACUUCGAAUUAGUUGUGGAUGGAUUUCCUUCAAUUGCAAAAGAAAGAGAGACGAUAAUGCAGCUGCCGGUACCAUUAGAAGUUGUACAAGUUGCUGAAGAAUGUCUCAGGUUAUUUAACUUAUCGAGGGUUCAGGAUCUUUCAAUCUUGCAAGGGUUGAUAUUUUCAAGAAUAUAUAAAAAGUAUGCUCCUGAAGCAGGUGAUAAUUUUAAAGGACAAGAGACACAGGCUGGAGAUGGAAUUAUAAUUCAAGUCGCAAUAUCUUUGAGACUCAACCGUGAUCCUGAAUAUUUUCUCAAUGGUAAUGAAAGCAUUAAGUUGACCAAUCUAAAGAGAAAAAUAUGGUAUUUUUUAGUUGCUUUGGAUAUUGAAGAUUCUUUAAUGUAUGCGUCCACCCUAUCAACAGAUAAAAACCUGAAUUACGAUACAAAGCUUCCAUUCUACAAGGAGGGUGCUUCCAAUAUCUUGGAUACUGAGUUGGAAAAAGAUGUUCUAAGGAAUGUAGUAAUGUCUAGGCCAAUACUUAACUGUAUGGAAACUUUGGCGAAACCCAUAACCAACUUUAAGGCAAAAGUUGAGUUUUCUGAAUUCUUAGAAGAGUUGCUGGAUAUGGAACUUUUAUGUGCAAGAAUAUUUGGAAGGUUCAAAUCGUUGAUCCAAGAUGAUCCAUUGAUUUCUGAAUCAGCUAAAAUCAAGCAAGUUUAUUACUAUCUACAGUUGAAACUAUUUUUGGCUCAAAUGUAUUUCCUUUGUCAUAUACAUUACAGUGAUUUAGGAGAGAAAGAUUUAGAAUAUUUCUACCAUAAGAAGGUUUUCACAAUAUUAUUAUAUGAAUUGAGCGAUUUAUGCAAUACAAAGGAUUAUGUUCGAAAGGGGAUUUUUGGUAGAGCAUUCACUGUUAUCAUCACACCAUUACUUAACUUGUAUUAUCAUAUAUCUUGUAUGGUAUGUGCUUCGCUCUUUGUUAGAUUAUCAACCACAUUAAGGGAAGAUCUGGAAAGAAAUCUUUCGAAUCCAGAAAAUAGUUUGAAAGAUAUCAUCCAGAACCUUCUACUGAUGACAUUGGCAUGUACGAAAAGAAAUAUGCGAACUCUUUCAUCUGAUGCUCAAAGAUAUUUCUUUGCUUGGAAAGUGAACAAAGCACAUUUAUAUGGAAUAAAACUAAUGAAUGAAAUUCCCAUUUAUGAAAGCAAUACUUCAUGGACCAAUAGAGCAAUACUAAGCUAUUCUAAGGAACAAUUUAGAGAUCUUGAAAGAAUUUUAAGAUUUUAUAUGUCGCUGUCUAAUCUUUCCACUGACCAGAGUGACAUAAAUGCUAGGAUAGCAGUUCUUGAUUCCUUAAAAGUGUUAGCUCCUAGUGCUUUAGGAUCUUUGGAAACAAAAGAUAAUAUGUCAAUAAUUAGAGAUAUUCAGACGGAUAAUUUUUGGUGUGAGUUAUGUAAGAUUAACUUAGAUGCCGAAAAUGACUGUAAAAUCGGAAGUCAUGUAAAUGACCAAAAUCAGGAUAACAUAGCAGGUGCCACUGUCGAUGAAGCCAUUAAUAACACAACGAAUAUAGCCAACGCAAGUAAUAGCACUAAUAACAGCAAUAACCCUCAGUACCAGUUUGAUUUUUUCAGUGAUACUUCAUUAUUUGAACUCUUCAAAGUCCCAAAUACAUAUGAAUAACUUUAUAGAUAAUAUAUAUUAAACGCCGUUUGUAAAUGUACUUCUUUUAUUAGUUGAUAAAUGUAAUGUAGUCAAAGCAACCAUAACACGAGGCGCGAUAUCUGUAUUUUAGAGACUUCAAAUUAUUGCUUAUAU